GGUUGGUCCGGGAGAGCAUGGCCGCAGAAGCCGAAGCGCUGCAGACUCGGUUUGCUUCCUCCACAUUGACAACACCGCUUCUCGUGCGCUCUCGGUGAGGUGAUGUUGCGGAGCCGCUCGUCAGGGUGACGUUUUCACCCGGAGAUUGUGCGCGUUUACGCAGAGAGGUUUGAUUUGUUUUUUCCUGCGUGCGUUUGCUGUUUUUCGGCGGAGGGGUUAGAAGCACUGGGGCAGCUGCGGGUUCAGCCGGAGCUGAAGAAGCUGCCGGUUCGAGUCUUCUUCUUUCGGGCUUCUUCUCGGUUGAGUCACACCGAACAGGAGGAGACAGAUCAUAAACCGGAGAGCGCGACGCCACAAGGACUGCGUUUCUGCUCUGUUUAUCUGUUGUGUUAACAUUCAUUCUCUGCUUUUUACAUUCCCCCCCACUGCGCACCUCCUCUCCGGGAAAUUAGAGGCGAGUUGGAGAAACUGUUUGCUGCGCGGAGCGGAGUUGAGCCGGCUGAAGAUUGUUCAGGCAGAAAUGCUGUGGCUUCCUCCCUGCUUCAAGUAGAACUGGUUUUCGAGUGAAGCGUUUGGUGCAAAGUCAUUGAUCUGACUGUCAAAACGCAGAGGGAGCAGUGAAACGCCGUUUUUUUUUUUUAAAAAAAGGAGAGAAAGACAUUUCAUUUAGUUCCAAACACCGAGCGGGGAGCUUCACCUGUAAAGCGGACUCUCCUCGCAACAUUUCACCGCCACAUCCGUCACCAGAAACCUUAAACCUGAUCCACAGGACAGGGACUGUAAUCCAUUUGGCUUUCAUCGGAGUUCCGGAGCCAAUAUGCCGCAGGUGGAAAUGAUCCUCUUCCUCUUCCUCGUCGUAGUGGUGUGCGUGUACGGCCAGGACCCGGCUUCCAAGGUGGUGUCCGACCGCUACGCCGUCUACUGGAACCGGACCAACGCCAAGUUUUACCGGGGCGAUUAUCACAUCGACGUCUGCAUCAACGACUACCUCGACGUCUACUGUCCGCACUACAUUGGGCCGGUCUCGGACGACCGGGCCGAGCGUUACAUCCUCUACAUGGUGAACUACGAUGGCUACAGCUCUUGCGACCACACCGCCAAGGGCUUCAAACGCUGGGAGUGCAACAGGCCUCUGUCGCCCAACGGACCGCUGAAGUUCUCAGAGAAGUUCCAGCUCUUCACUCCCUUCUCCUUAGGCUUUGAGUUCCGCCCCGGCAGAGAGUAUUAUUAUAUCUCCUCCAUCACUGACGACAAGGGCAGAAGGAGCUGCCUUCGACUCAAAGUCUUCGUCAGGCCUCAGAACAAUUGUGUGAAAAGCCCUGGCACCGUGCAGGAAGGGGUCGAUUUUGACGACAACAGUCAAAACUCCCUAGAACCCAGAGACGGCAUCGGUCACGAGUCUCCAGAGCCGGCUCGAAGGGACGUGAACUCCGUCGGCCGGCGCCACACUUCGGUCCUCCUGCUCAGCUCCGCCCUCAUACUCCUGGCUGCCAUCUUGUCUUUAUAGCGCCCAGUCUGAGGAAUCCCCCCAGGAAUGGACUGUCCUGAUUGGACCAGAGGCCACCCUACCCUGCAACCCCCUCCCCUUCAAGGAGCACUUUUUGAAAUAAUAAUAAUAAAAAUAAAAAAUAAACACUGACAAUCUCUCUCAGUGAAAAGAGAGAGGAAGGGACUUCGACACUGAAGCCUUCAUUGCUUUUUGACUCGACAGCUAGAGUGAUUCUUGACUUUUUGAUGGGUGCCGACGGUCGAGGCGCCCCCGAUGUGAAAAAGGCGCAGUCUCUUACGUGUUGGCCUCGCUGCUGUUCACAGUAUGCAGAUAUUAAAAGACAAGCACACGUACAUGCUUUUCAAACAUAUACACGCGCAGAACACAAACUACACAGCCAGUGAGUUACACCCUUUCGCUUGAAUGGCAAAGAAGCACAGCAGGAUCCCUCAAAAGUUUACAGACUUUUAACAUUUUUUUUUUUUUAGUUGUUUUUAGUUCAGGAAGACAUCACGUAACUCCCCGACAUGCAACAUAAUUACAAUCUCACAUCAAGGUGGAAGAUGUUUGGAAGAAGAUCCGGGAGCGACGCAUCACGUACAGGUCGAUGGAAAGAAAAAGGAGACGGAUGUUGUCACUAAGAGACGGUUGCAGAGGGCGUGGGCCUCUGAUGACUUAACCUUCCCCUCAGGUUAUAAAGGAGUCGGAUGUUAAGAGUAAAGAAAUUUAAAGAGGCACUCAUCUUUUAGUGUUUGGAUAGGGCCGAAUUAAUGAUCGAUUAAUGUGUUCGUUUUUUUUUUUUUUAACAAAUCACCUAAUUCAACUGUAGCAGCCAACACGAGUGUACAGUUAAAUAUUUGAAGUGGAUAUGGUAUUUUGCCAGGCAAAAUGUAUUUUCCUAUUUAUUGUGAAGUCCUCGUGCUUUUUUCUCUGUUCUGGUUUAGUCUGUAAGUACAGUAGAAAAGGCAAUAAAAAAACAAAACAAUUACACUUACCCAUUAAGUUAGUUCAUAUCACACCGUUGUUUUGAUACAAUCAUACGAAAAACACUGAGGACGGUCUAUGUAUCUGUUUGGCUUGAUCGCUGAUAUGUUCUUUUAAUUGUUUUUAACAAAGUCCGGAAGGAAAAAGAAAAAAAAAGUCUGAUGUGCUAUCAGGGUGUAGUAAUCGUAGAAUAUUUCUGUUUCGAUUAUGUCAUUAAAAAUGUCACAAAUGUAGUUUUACUCUUUACACUAUUGCUUUUGUGAAUCACUGUCAUAACACAACUAUUGUAUAUAGAGACAAAUUUCCGACAACGUUCAGGGAUGUGUCCAUGCCUAAUCAUUUUUAUUUUUUUUAAAUCAGGAGGGUUUACUCUUCCUCGACUCAAGCAGCACAAGUUUUCUGUGGCUAAAGAUGUUUUGGUGAGACAGUGACCGAGUUACAGAGCAGGUGGUAGUAGUGUGUGUGUGUGGGGGGCAGGGGGUGGUGCGUGAUUCAGUUGCCCUCUUUGAUGUGUAAAGUGGCGUCUGCACAGAAAAUACACCGGGCGGGGGGGGGGGCACCCUUGUACCGGUUAUUUCUGGAAUGAAAAAAAAUAAAUUGACCACCAGCAGAGAUGGCAUAAGCAGAGCGAGGUGUCUUGUUCUCUUCGGACAAACUGAAACUCUGCACUGGUGGACCUGAGACAGCAAAGAAACGGAGAGCGAGAUUGUGAAGCUUUGAAGUGCUCCUGUUGAGAUCAUGUUUUCCAAGCAGGAGCAUGCGGUAAACAAGUAUUCUACAUCAAGCUCGACUGUCGAUACGAUCGCCUAUUAUUUUGCAUUUACGGGAGAGGUUUCUGAUGGAAUGGCGUGUCAUGCGCAGUGAUGAUGAUCACUUCUAAAUUAGUACAUGUUGCUCUUCUCCUUAAUUUAAAUCAACCUGGUUGUGAUCUUUUUUUCCCCCAAAUCGACCAAUCCUGACAAUGCAAUCUGAAAAAAACCUUCCAUUCUCCUGCUCACCAAAGCUUUGCUCAGCGCGCCACGCGUGACCCUGGCUCUUUUCCUCGCUCUCGUUAUGCACUCGUGCCUCUAAAGCGUCAAAUUCACUUGUGAAUGUAUAUAAAUGCCUGUUAUUAUCGACAAGUCAACUUCAAAUUCAUUUUGAAUCAAGCAUUUCAUUUGUUACGGUCGUUAUGUACUGUAUAGAGCAAAGCUACAUUUUCGUACUUGCAAUUUGGGAGAGAGACAGAGAGGAGUGCGAUAACGUAUAUACUGUGUUUUAAUGCAGCCAAAUGUAUAGUCACAAUAUCGUCGUUCUCGUUUACAUAUUUUACGUUUCGGUUGACAGACGGAACCAAAUUUGAUCACGACUUGUAAAUGCUAGGGCCACUCUUAGGGUAAAUAUAACUAAACCUCAGACUAAGUUGUCAUUUUUAAGGCAAAAGUCAGAAUGACAAUACAAUGAAAUUUCAAAAACAUAGUAGUAAUUAAAGGUUGAAUGCUAGAUAACAUAUAGCGGAAAAGAGCAGAUCGGUAAAAUUAGAUGAGGCCGGCAAAGACUACCUGUAACGUUAACGGGAGAUUGCACUGCGGUCCAAAGUUAAAACAUUUAAACUUUUUUACAUGCGAUAUUACUUUACUCGCUCACACAAAGCAAACAUUUAAUUAAGUUUGCAUUGGAAUGAAUUGAAUAUGAAGAGAAAGCUGCAUUUCACAGCUACAUGCUACAUACUACACUUGCAUAAAAGACAUCAAAUAAUUGUAUUUAAUGCAUUUUAUUCCAUCACUAUAGCAACACAUAUAUCGUCAUGCGUGUUUUCACAGGCCAAGGUCUCUCUGUGAUGAGUUAACUGAAGUUGAUUUGUAAAAUCAGUGCUCUGCCCCUUUAAAAAAAAGAGCAUUUAUGCUCUCAAAUGUAUAUAUAAUUACAUCUAAUUCUGGACUGAUAUGUAAUUAUUUCAAAUGUUUAGGUCUUCUCUCUUCUGUUUCACAGACAAAAACGCAAAAGAACAUUCACGUUCACUGAACAUCGACAUAGAAAUAUCAUUAAAUCUGAGCAAAGAGUGGCCGAGAGGCUUUGGAGGAAUUGUUCAUUUAAAAAGGCCAUAGUAGCAUUUCAAGGGAUUUAUUAGCAGAAAUGGAAUAUGGUAUUCUUGAAGAAUCGUUGUGUUUUCGUUAGAUUGGAAUGAACCCUUCAAAUCUACAUAAAUAGCGGGUCGUCUUCACUUGGUCCCCCAUGUUGAUGCCACCAAAUCCUACACACUGUCCCUUUAAGGAAAUAAAUGAUGUAUUUUGAGGGUAAGAAUAGUUUUUGGAGCAAAUCAUUUUCAAGUUGAGGGCACAAAUUAGCACAUUAGUAAACAUCUUGUCCUCCCCUCACACCUACCAGCCUUCGUGUGUUUUGGUUCACCACUGUCACUGCAAUCAUUGCCUCUAGCCACGCCGCAACGGCAAAAACCAAUCUGUUAGUUUUGUGGAUACUGUGUAUCCAACAAUGAGUCUGUUGUAACACACAGCGUUAGAUACUUUCUCUUUUUUCACACCUCUUUUGAAGGGCACAUUAAUGUUCUUAGCAAGAAAAAAAAUUCAAUGUUUGAUAUAUAAAAAAAAAUGCUUUGUUUCAUUUUAUAUGUCUUUUAUACAAAAAAAAAAAAAACAGGAUCAACAUUGCACCCCCUGUCUGUAAAUGUGUUUGUGCAAAUAUGGCACAUAUCAUGCAGUGUGGUCGGGUCACAAUCAUGGAUCAGAGGGCCUGAAGAAAGAACCGACGGGGCCAGAAUAUCGGUUUUCCACGAAAAAAGACACUCUUGUUUAUUGUGUUGUUGCAUCAAAAGUGUCUUUAAAAGGUGCAGGAUGUUCUUUGUGUCUGCUCGUGGUCUUUCGCUGAUCUUCACCUCCAACUGUUUCCGAGCCAGGCUGCGGCGAGACAACUUUGUUGCAGGACUCAGGAGACGCUUUUAUUGGUGUGGAAAGCUCAACGUGUUUGUUUGUGGCAGCGGCAGGAAGUCUGUUUUCCACCUCCAAUGUUGGUGUUUCGUGUUCUCUGGAGCUAACUGUGCUACAAGGAGGGCGAGUGAUAUGUUCUAAGGACUUCUUUCUUCACCUGGUUUUGAUACCAUGUAGCCUGAAGCUAACACCACUGUGUCCCUGGUUUGCAGCGUGUUUUCCAUCCUCUGUAUCUUUAAAAAAAAAAAAAAGGAUGUGCGCUUUUGUCAGUGCAUCUAGCAUUGGGGAGGUUUACUUGCUACUUUACUAGACUUGGAUGUGCCACAAAACUGCACAUUUCUUUU